AUGUAUAUCGAUUGGCGGAUUGGAGCCGAGUGGUAUGAAUCCAUGCUGCUUGAUUACGACUUGUCGAGCAAUUGGGGGAAUUGGCAGUAUCUGGCUGGUGUAGGGAAUGACCCGCGAGGUGAAGCUAGGAUAUUCAACCCAGUGAAGCAGGCGUUUGAAUAUGACCCCAAAGCAGAGUAUGUUAAGACCUGGAUUCCGGAGUUGAGAGGCUUGACGGAUCCUGGCGAGGUGUUUCAAGCGUGGACAAUCAAGGAUCAGUCAAAGAAGAGUGACCUAGGUCUUGAGGGGCUCACUUGGGUUGAGCAGCCAUUGAAGAGAAUCGAGUUUCAUCCUAGCAGGAAACCAAGGCACCACACUGGCAAAGGCAGAGGUGGUGGAGGUGGAGCCAGCGGGUCUGGAGGUGGUCAAGGGGGGAGUUCUCGAGGUGGGGGCCAUGGUGGGGGUCAAAGUCGCGGUGGAGGACAUGGUGGUGGAAGGUAUGGUGGCAGCUCGAGAGGCCAUCUUUAUGGAGGAGGACGUGGAGGCACUAAUAUGGGAGAACAACAAGCCCCGCCAUGA